AGCUGUUUCUAAUUCCGUGGGGCGGGCGUGUACGUGAGUGAGUGGCAGCUGCCCUCGGGGGAGGCGGCUCUGAAUCUCCCUCUCCCUGUUCGCUCAGUGAUCUCGGAGUUGGGUGGUUUGCGCGGACCCGCAAUAUAAGGACUGGCUGUGAGUUUGCUCGGCAGAUGCUGGCACCCAGCGGCUGUGGUACUGACCGCCGCUCACUCUCCACAUUGCUCAGGAUUCCUCUCAAGCUGCUACCAUGUGGGGGCCAUUCCUAUCGCUGUUGAUCACUUCCAUUUGUUUAACCAAAAGAGUUCAAGCUGUCAAAUGGGGAUCAUGUGAACAUGUGGAAGUGCAAAAGAAUUUUAGUCUUGAUCAGUAUGUGGGAACAUGGUAUGAAAUUGAACGAUUUUACAAUGUCACUGAAGACCUCAGAUGUAUUUCUGAAACAAUAUCCUCAUCUUACAAUGGGCUAAGAAACAUAUAUGAGGUUAUCACUUUGAUUACGAAGGGUAAUGAGGUGACUGAACACACUGCAGAAUUAAUUCCACCUGACGAGACAGCCAAAGAUCAAGCAAAACUAAUCUUCAGACUUAAUCAACACGGAGUCCAAGAUCCUUUAGAUCAUGGAAAUGUUUUGCAUUACUGGGUGGUAGACACUGACUAUACAAGUUACUCUCUGGUAUUCUCCUGUGCAUCUUUCCUUGGCAUAAUGCACACCCCUUAUGCCUGGACUUUUUCAAGAGAACGACAGCUGUCAGCAAAUACCACACAGUACCUGCAUGGUGUUCUGGAAAAAUAUAAGAUUAACACUGGUGACUUUGUGAAAAUUAAUCAAGAAGAUUGCACAUAAGAACCGAUCAGAGUACAUAUAAAACAUUUUAAUGCAUCAAAAUAUACUUAUUUUAGUUUACUCAAUUGUAAUUUAUACUGGAGUUAGCAUAACUGAACUUUUAUAAUAUCUGCUGCAGUUGCUAUGAUGGACUAUGAAUUGAGUUAUCUUCAUCAAAAGUGCAGGAGUUUGAAGAAAUACCUCCAAUUGUCAAUAUCUAACCCCUCUGAAAUUCAAAUCAAUGAUGAAAUCUUGACUGGUCCAUGACUAGAUGACCAUAAAUGCAACUUAAAAUUCGAGGCAAGUGGAAUCACACGUCAUGCUACCAACAUUUGGUCUAAGCACAGCGACUGACUAAUUAGUGUGAAUGAACAUGAAAAAGGUCACCUGUUGGUGCCCAGUUUUGUACUCAUCAGCUGGAAUUUUCUGCUUGUGACAUUUCAAUCCAUAUUUUCUGCGUCUAAUCAUCUUAUUAGAUAGAAAAAUCAUGGACUGGCAAUAAAUAAGCAGAAAAUAUGAUUUCUAGCUAAAUGCCUUUAAUGUCACUCUUGGUUUGAUCUCCUAAUUAUUUCUUUGCUGUUCUUACAUUAUUCAAUCAAUCAUGUGCAAUUCUUAGAACUUAGAAUAGUUUGGCAUUGACACACAGAUAUUUGGCUUUGUGCACGACAAGUAUAUUAGAAAUCUGUUGUACUGAGUGCUUUUUUCAGCAAUAAAAAUGAAAUAUU